UCAUUUCUUGAAUUCUUGAUUCAUAAUUGCUACAGAACGUGAGGGUCAAGAUUUUUCGUUAUUUCUUAUAAAUAAUGUUAUCAAAAUAGAUAAAGAUAAUGUCCCUCCACGUAUUUAAAAAGGGCCAACAGAUAUGUUAGCUUUACUUAUAACAAUAUUGAUAAACAUAAUCGUAGAAACAAUGGUGAUGUCGUGAACAAAACCGCAUUGUCAGGUCUUAUUGUUUUGCACAAAAUAGUGAUAAAGUUAUGUAACCUAUGUUGGUUUUGUAUUAGUGAAUAAAACAAGGACGCAAAAUGAGGACGGUCGCAUUGAUCAGCGGUGGCAAGGAUAGCUGCUACAACAUGAUGCAGUGCGUUGGUGCCGGCCACACGAUCGUAGCACUGGCCAACCUCCAACCUCUCCAUAAAGAUGAAUUGGACAGCUAUAUGUACCAAACAGUUGGCCACCAAGGUAUUGAGCUAUACGCUGAGGCUAUGGAUCUACCGUUGUACAGAGAGGCAAUAUCUGGUGUAGCUGUUGACCAAGGAAGGAAUUAUAAGCCAACAGAUAAUGAUGAAGUGGAAGAUCUAUACAGAUUACUUGCGAGGGUCAAGAGUGAGAUGAAUAUUGAAGCUGUAUCAUGUGGCGCUAUUUUAUCUGAUUACCAAAGAAUAAGAGUUGAAAAUGUGUGUCAAAGGCUUGGUCUUGUAUCGCUUGCAUAUUUGUGGAGAAGGAACCAAAAAGAACUCUUGCAAGAGAUGAUAGCUAGUGGAAUUGAAGCUAUCAUUAUAAAGGUUGCAGCUCUCGGAUUAGAUCCAAGGAUACACAUAGGAAUGACAAUAAAAGAUAUACAACCGCAUCUUCUAGUCAUGCAGGAGAAGUAUGGACUCAACGUGUGCGGCGAGGGUGGGGAAUACGAAACAUUCACCUUGGAUUGUCCUCUGUUUAGGAAACGGCUAGUCAUAGAUGACAAAGAAUUAGUGAUACACACGGAAGAUUCGGUGGCGUCAGUUGGCUAUUUAAAUUUAAAAUUGCACCUUGAACCAAAAGAAAACUUUGAUGGAACAAUAAAUCUACCUCCAACUGUAAAAAACUCACUUGAUUUUAUUAAAGAUUUGAGUGAUACAGUGUUUAGUGAUAUUAGCGAUAUAGACGAAUCAGAGAUAGACUCUAUUGAAAAGUUAAAGAUCGAAGAAGAGAAGAAACAGAAAGUACUCAAUCCUCUUAUAAGUUACGAAGGUCAGGCAGAUAAGAGGGAAGAAAUGGUCAGUCAAAGUGAAGACGAAUUAGAAGAAGACGAUUAUUACUAUGAUGAUGUGCCUGUUGAAAGUGAAAAGUUAACUGUGGUAGAUCAUAGAUCUAUUUAUGGCAAUAGACACGGGUGGUAUUUUAUUGGCGGCAUUGUCGGUGAAGGCGUGGACAUGGCGGUGGCUACGGAUGAUGCGAUGAAUAAAUUAAUUAAUUUGCUUGAAUCGGAAAACCUCGAGCUUCCUCACGUGUGUUCGGUGAACAUAUACAUGCGUGACAUGGAACAGUAUGCGGCUCUCAACGCUGUGUACGUGAAGACCUUUGAUUUCCCCAACCCGCCUACUAGGGUGUGCGUGCAGUGCCCGUUGCCUAGCGACGUGGGAUUAAUUAUGGAUGCUGUAGCACAUAAACCUGUACCUGGCAGUACUAUGGAAGGGGAGGGUGCGAUGUCAAAGGAACGCGUUACGAUGCAUGUGCAAGGCAUAUCGCACUGGGCACCGGCUAAUAUAGGACCUUAUAGUCAGGCGAUUAAGAUCGGUGAGGUGGUCGGCACAUGCGGGCAGAUAGCGUUAGUGCCCGGUACGAUGAAGCUGGUUGAGGGCGGUGCGCGCGCGCAGUGUGCGCUCUCCCUUAGGCACCUCACGCGGGUGCUGCGGGCGGCUCAUCCUCGCGCACACAUACGCAGCGUUGUACAGAGCGUGUGCUACGUGCGUUCGGUGGGCGGUGCGCGCGAGGCGCGGCGGCAGCUGGAGCGGCGCACGGCGGGCGCGAUGCUGCAGUGCGCGGUGGUGGACGGCCUGCCGCGCGCCGCCCAGCUCGAGUGGCACGCGUGGGCGCACACCGACAACAACCGGUUCGAGUAUGAGGAAACUGGAUGCAAUGUAGGUGACUAUAAAGUGGCUAUAACACGCAGAUGGAACUACGAAAAUACGGUUGCUGCUAUCGUAUGUUACGUUUCAACUGGCUCGUCCCCGUCCAGCAGCCAAGUGACCCCCGACGCCGCGUCGCUGGCGGCGCACCGCGGGCGCGCGCGCCGCGCCGCGCCCGCCGAGCUGCGCGCCGCGCUGCUCUACGCGCUCGACAAGCUGCUCAGCGACUGCCGCAGGCCCGCCGCCGCGCCCGCGCUCUCUGUUAGGAUAUUCUAUCAGGCAAGCAGCGCACCAGACAGCACUACGCUAACGGACGCGAUGCGAGAGGCCGCAGCGAGCGCGGGCGGCGGCGCGGGCGCGCGCGUGGCGUGCAGCGCCGUGCCCGUGCGCGCGCUGCACCACGCCUACUGCUUCCUGUCCAUCUGCGGCCUGCGCCUCGACGAGUGAACUAGCGCGUGCGUUGUGUAAGCCUGCUUUACACUUUGAUUAGUGCGAGUGCAGGUGAUUAGUGCGAGUGCAGGUGUGUAGUGCGAGUAGUGUCCAAUUCAACUGCGAGUGCAGGUGAUUAGUGGGAGUGCAGGUCAAUGGUGCAAUUCGCGACGCUACACACUACGCUAAACACUAAACACUCGUGUCCAGACGUGUUUAGGCAGGCACACUGCGAGUGAGGGGGAAGGGAGGGCGCGCGGGACGUGGCUUUACACUUUGAUUAGUGCGAGUGCAGGUGUGUAGUGCGAGUAGUGUCCAAUUCACUGCGAGUGCAGGUGAUUAAUGCGAGUGCAGGUGUGUAGUGCGAGUAGUGUCCAAUUCACUGCGAGUGCAGGUGAUUAAUGCGAGUGCAGGUGUGUAGUGCGAGUAGUGUCCAAUUCUUAUUUAGUUCAUGUUUUAGAUACUCCUGCACAAAUUUAUAGGUUGUGUCUUCGGUCCACUUUGCCAUUUUGUACAACAACAAGCGUCUGACGCUACACGCUAAACGCUAAACACCACUAAACACUAAAGACUCCUGUCCAGACGUGUUUAGUGGCAGGCACGCUGCGAGUGAGGGGGGAGGGAGGGCGCGCGGGACGUGGCUACUCGCAGUCACUCGCAAAAAAAUAGAACACGCUUCUAUUCACUUUACUACACAGCCUACUAAUCACUUGCACUAAUCAGUCGCUGGCCACACCUAGUCACUAAUCACCUGCACUAAUAACCUGCACUCGCACUAAUCAAAGUGAAAACCAGGCUUAACUAGCAGUAGGGAUGCGCACAGAGCGCGCAGUACGGCCAAAUGUAACGCGAAGCGGCUCGGUCAAAGGCACACUCGUUAUUAAUUAAUUUUUAUGUUUCUCCAUUAUUGCCUUAUGAUAAUUAUAAUAUUAAAUAUUAAUAUAAAAAAUAACAGCUGUCACAUUUUAAAGGAAUUUAUGAAUUCCGGAGUGAUAUUUGAAUCACUCCAGAAUUCAAUCAUGCAGUAUAAAAUAGACUAUAUAGUAUAUACCCUCUAACCUCCAGACCCAAAAAAUUUAGCAUUAAAUAAGCUCCGCUGCACCGUGAUGCGGAGACAAACAAAGUAUAUUUCGCAUUUAUAAUAUUACUAAUGUUGCGUAUUUUUUUUGUCUUGCUAACUAAUAACUAUACAUUUUCUCUGUCCACAGGUACCCCAAAAAGAAUUUGAAUGCAGAUGCUUUAUCGCCGUUUUAAUAUAUUUGCUGAAUAUUUUCAGUGUUUAUAAGAUUUUGUUAAUUAUGCUAAACGAGUUUACUGUAUUUAAGUCAAAAUAUAUAAAUUAUUUUUAUUGCA